AUCACCGACCGUCUCAACUUCGCCACAUAUGCUUCCUCCGCUGGAGACCCUGUGUAUGCUCAUCAUCUCUGUGAAAGCACGACUGGAAGGGGACCAUGUCGGGCUUUGAGAUCGCCGGCGUCGUUCUAGGCGCAUUCCCCAUCCUAUGCGACACGGCCAAGGACCUCGGUACAGUGUUUAAGAAGACAAAGUGGUGGUGGCAGUUCGAGACCUCCUUUGAGAACUUUGUCUCGACAAUAGCUACCCAGGAGAUCGCCUACAUACUGGUGCUGGAACGCCUUCUCGGGCCAUUGGAUAUUACCGAGGCAGAGUAUGACAGUCUACUGGGAGACCCAAAGUCGAAUCUCUGGCACGAGAGCCACAUCCAGGAAGAGUUGCGGCAAUGUCUGCCACAUAGCAAGUACACUUGGUUCAUGUGGAAUCUAUCUGACCUCAACACGGCAAUAGAAGAAUUGCAAAAACUGCUUCCUAUCGAUAAGGUUCAUCGCUUGGAUUCUACGAACCUAGAAAGCGAGCUGUUUCGCUUACAGACCAGCUUCAGUAGCGACAAGGAUCGCCUCUUGAAGCGUAUCACUCAAGUCAACGAUGACUUGCACCAGUUCUUCGACAGGGGGGCGACCGUGAUCAGGCCUUCCGCCACGAAACCGUCGAUACCCUUCCGCGAUCUGCAUCACCAGGCCGUCACGUUCUACGAGUGCCUGGCCCGCCGUUGGAAGUGCUCUUGUUCAAGUGCACACACGGUCGGUAUCGCCGUUCAUCCAGCUGUUCAGAAGCCAUCUCGGAUGGCAGAGCAUGGCUACUUCAACGUCCUCUUCAAAGCCGAAGCCAGCUUCAAGCAGCUCAGGCUACAGGUCGAGACGCUUACAACCAGCAAAUACGAAACGAACAGCGACUCUGUGGCACCGGAGAAGGCCGUCAAGCUUGAAGCGGCCAUUGAUUUAAAAAGUCAGAUUAUGGUCAAGAAACAACUCAAAUCUGUCUCCAAUGCGGCGAACGAGAACAGCGUCUCGACAUUGGCGAUCGCUUCUCUGUCCAUAUCGGGCCACGGUAUUCAAACGCCACAAAGAUCCAUCUUGAGGAAAGCAGCGAACAAGCUGAAGAAGGUUCAACGCUGGAACAGAGUAGACAGCAGCCCAGACGAGACACAACACAAUGCCUCUGCCAGACCGAAUUCAAUCUUGAGUCUCAGCACGACUUGCGUGUCAGAGAGUACCGCCACUCUGACGAACGAACCAAGCCUCAGGGUUCCCAGCGAGGGUAAUCAACUGUUGCGCUCAAGAAGUAGCGCAUCAUGUACUUCCAGGGUACGGUUCGAUGAAGCAGGACUUCAGCCAUCACCAAUCGAGGUGGCCGAGGUUCUGAAUGGGGAGGUAUUCAACAUCUGCGACUUUGUGAAGGGCUCCAACACUCUCAAUGGAGACGGCAACAGCACGCUGUCACUUGAUGAGGGUCAACGGAUUGUACUAAAGCCAGAACCCCUGAACCAGAGCACCAUCAACGCUUCGACCUCACAGUCAAUCGACUCUUUCAUCAAGAUGACGACCGUCAGGCAGAGCCGCCUCUACGUCGGCCUCAGCCUCGCCCUCACCCUCCUCUGCCUGGCGACGUCCUCCUGGGUCCCGACGCAGCUGGCCAAGGACGACAUUUUCCUCGUCUGCUGCGAAUCGGGGGGCAAGCCGUCGUCAUCGAAGAGGUUCGGCCCAUACUUCUCACGGACCUCGCAGGACAUAUGCUCCUCCUCCUCCUCCUCCUCCUCCCCCCCCGUGGACAGCCGGACGUGGAACGCCAAGUCGUCGCUGCUGCUCCUCGGCGUCGUUCUGCUCGAGCUCUUCCACGGGCAAAAGCUUGAGCAGCAGGAAGCGUGGGCCGAGUCGCUCGAUGAGGACGGCCAGCCCAACGAGAGCACGAGGCUCUGCGGCGCGUUCCUCUGGAUCUGCAGGGCCAAGGAGUCGCUCCAGACGCAUUUCGGCAGUGAACUGGGCGGUGAGCUGUCCGAGGCGAUCCGCAAGUGCAUUUGCUUCGACUUUGGACGCGACGACGACUACGGGGACUCGCGCCUCGCCGAGGUGGUGUACCGAGAGGUGGUCGUCCCGUUGGAGAAGUGCUGUCCUUCAAUAUGAGAGAGAGUGUAUGCAUGGUGUGGGAGAGGGCCCGGGAUGAGCAAUGCUAUAUAUACUCUGUACUUAGUCUGACGUCUUAGCUCAA